UCUUCGGGGCCCAGUCCUGAAGGUGCGGCAAUGCCUGGGAGAGUCAGGACUGUCUCCCCACCCCCCUGCCCCAGGGCCUCACGCUGUCCCCUCUGGCCCCAGCUGCUGCUCAUUGCCUGCCCAAUAAGGCCCGCCCAGCUGCACCUGGAGAUGAGCAGUGUUUAUAGGCAACUCCUCGCGGGACCAGGCGGGGCCUGGGAAGGAGUCUCCGCGGAAACCUGGCCCCCGGGGGCCUUCCUGUGUCUGCAGCACCUACUGCAGCACCUAGCAACCACCGAGGCCACAUGGUCCUCUAGGGGGACCUGGCCACGCUCCCACACGCUCUCCUCUGGCAGCAGCGGCCAGUCUCCUGGAGAUAACCUGAGACCAGGGAGGGACCGUCCUAGGAUGCUGGACUCCUCAGUGGCCGAGGCAAUGACCCGACUCACCCUGAAGCUCUUGGAGAAGAAGCUGGAGCAAGAGCAUGAGGCUGUGGAAGGGGAUUCUGAGGACCCCCUGCUCCGAGCUGGAAAUGAGCACAGGCCGGACGCGGCCCUGCUGGACGCUCUGAGGAGGAGGCAAGCGCUUCUGCGGAGACUCUGGGAACAGCGUCUCCUAGAGGCCUCCCAGGCCCAAGGCCGGAGCGGGAUGACCAGAGGAGGAGCCCAUGGGUCCGCACUGCCUCCAGAGGUGCCCCCUGUGGGCAUCUACUCCCUGCCCCCGCCAGCCGUGGAGCCGCCACAUAUUAUCCAAUGCUCAGGCCCCCAGCCUCCUGCCACCGUCAUUCAACAGCUGCCCCAGCAGCCCCUCAUCGCACAGACCCCCCCUCUCCAGGCCUUCCCCACUCAAAGAUCAGGAAGUAUUAAGGAAGACAUGCUGGAGAUGAUGCUGAUGCAGAACGCCCAGAUGCACCAGAUCCUCAUGCAGAACCUGAUGCUCCAAGCCCUGCCCGCAGCGUUUCCGCCGUCCUGGGGACCACCGGCAGCGCCCCCGCAUCCUAUCCCCCAGAGGCCGAAGCCGCCCUCCGUGCACCACCACCACCACUACGCGCCCCCAGCCCCCCUGCAGGCCAUCCCGGCACCUGGCUCCCUGGCCGGGUACUCCACGUGGCCCGCGGUGGUCUCGGCCACGGCCCUCCCACCUGCCUCCAGCGUCCUGCCGGCCCUCCGCCACUUGGCCGGGCCCGCCCCAGCGGCCCUUAGCCCCUUCCCCAGGGUGGCAUCUGACGGCGUCCAGCCCGCACCAGCUCCGGGUGUGUGAGCCUCCGCACGUGGACUCUGGUGAGCCUCGGG